AUGAUUUUUGAUAACUUUACAAUUAUAUUCGAACAAGUUGAAACAGAAACACCUCGAACGCUAACAGCAAAAGAGGACUUAGAAUUGAAGCAUUUGGCAUUGAUCAAUAACUGCCAUAUUGUUAAAAUUGAGACUAAAUCCAAAACAAAAAUUUGUUCAGUUCCAAAAGCAAUAACAAUCACGACCAUUAGUCAUCAAUCAAAGUUCAUUACUAAUCAAUCUAUUCUUUUUUCUUCAUCUGCAUCUGUAUUUUAUAAAGUAUCAAUUUCGUAUGCAUCAAUCGAAAUUCAUACUAUGUCGAAUCGUUUUAUGGAUCAAAAGGUAGAUCUUACUAUCUUGUCAUCAACAACAGAUGCAAUAAAAGAAGAUAUUGAUAUCAAUAAAGAUAAUUCUUUUGUUGAAACACAAUCUGGUAGAAAGUUUGUGUUUGUUCAGUGGAAUCUUCCAUCGUAUAAUGACGACGUUCAAAUAAAAUCUAAAUUUAAAAAGAAAAUUAAAAAAUUUGUUUCAACAUCUCUACAAUUAAUCACAAGCAACAUUAAAGAUGAACAUCUAGAAACAAUCAUGUUUUCAACAACUGAAUGGGAAAAAUGUUCAAAUAAAAAAGAAUUUGCUUCGGAAAUGAUAAAUGAAAUACAACAUCAACUUGAAACAAGAAUUGGAUGUCGAUGGAGAAUAUUAUUUGUCUUUUCUAAAGAUGAGAAACAGACUGAAUUAUGUCAAGAAUUUCUAUCAGUUAUGUCAACGAAACAAAAUGAGAAAGAUGGUUUUGUUGCAGUUUCAGUUCCAGUCACAGGUACAAUGUCGUUGAAUAAUACAGAACAGAUCAUUGAAUUAACUGGUCAUACGGAUACUGUCGAUGAAGCCUUUGACAAAUAUCGUUUAAUGACAGAAAUAUUAAAGCAGAAAGUGAUCGAAGUAGCAGGCUCAACAAUGCAAUCAGAACCACCUAACACAUCAAAAACAUCAUCUAGAAAAACGACUAGAAAUGAGUCAACAUCAAGCAAAGAAUAUUAUAAUAUUUGGCUAAGUUAUUGUAAACUUGACAAAAAGAUAUGCUCGCGUCUCAAAGAACGUCUCAUCGAUGAAGGUUAUUUAGUAGCGACCAACACCAGUGAUGAUCACACAGUAACUAUUAAAAAGUGCGAUUUAAUUAUUCUUUAUCUCAGUGAAGAAUACGCUUUGAGCAAUGCUAGCGAAAUGAAAGAAGCUAAGUCAAGUGAUAAAAAAAUUCUUCUUAUCAAGCCAACAAAACUAGCGUGUCGUGGUAAAAACAAUUGGCUACAUUCAAUGACAACAAAACAACUUUCAUAUGAACUGUUCAAUGGAAACUUCACCAUCGAAUUAGAUACAAACAAUUUUGAUCAAGAAUAUGACAGAUUAUUAAUUGAAAUUGUAAGUUUUGAAAACGAACGCUGUUCUUUCACAAAAUUUACUGCUUUUAGUUGUGUCAUACUAAGCCUGGUGUAGUCGGUCAACCGUAUGUAAAACCACGCGCUGUGGCUUCAGAAAAAAGUGACAAUGAAGAUAACUUUGACCAGCCAUAUUUUACCAAUGAUCGUCAACUCACUCGCAUAUCUCAACUAACAACCGAACAACAAGAAGAGCGGAAAGCAACAUACGAUAAAUACUUGAAGAUUCUAAUGAAAAAAAAUAAAAUUCCAGCUGACGAGAUGGAAAACUUGAUGAAAAGUUGCACGAGUAUGAUUGAAGGUACAAGUCAGGAAGAAAAUGAAAUUGUUGAGGACAUUGACUAUGAAGAUAGCUGGUACCGAAAUGUGCGGACUGAGUGGUUAAUUAAAGUCAAGCACAGGGAGUCUCAGUAUAGAGAUGGUAAAUGUUUGUGUGUUUUUACAAAUUAGGUAUAUUUUUGUUUUAGAGGAGAAAUUGUUAAGACAAAGUUAUAUAGAUGAAUUACUUUUAUGUGUGAAAUGUUGGCAACGAAAACGAACGAAUAUUAUUAAACAAAAUGUAGUACCAUUUACACUGACUGGCGACAUAAACGAUGCAUCGUUUCCAAUGCCAAUAAGCAACAAACAACCUUGGUGUAACUUUGAUGAAACGCUUGCUGCUGAAAAUGACAACAGCAAUGACAAAAAACAGGUGGAUUCACAUGAAAAUUACAGAUGGCUGAUACCAAAAUACAAUGGAUCCUGGUUUACACUAGAAGAAUCGCAUUAUUACUAUCAAGAGUUCAUAGAUAAAGAUACACUUAGACGACUGCGUCGAUUAGAAGAACAGGUAAGAAAUUCAAUUCAUUUGUCCAGUGAAAAAUACCAACUCAAUUACAUAAUUAAUUUUACAUCGAACUUACAAUCCUCUUCUUUCUCUGUGGGGUGUGGAUGUCAGUUUGAGUGUGAAAUCCUAUUUGAUCACACCCACACGCUAUAUUCUUAUUAUUAUAUCGUUUUACCUAUAUCUUUAUGCAUGUAAUCUAAUAGCUGUACCACAGUGCCCAUACACUUAUACUUUAUGCCUAUUCUCUCGUACCAAUGAAACGGUUAAUGACAUUUGUCGGAUGUGGAGUUGACUGAUGUAUAUCAGCGAACCAUAUCUUAUGAUAUAGUUUGAAUCAAUACAUUGCAUUCUACUCUAUUGAACCAGUAUAGAUCAUUGGUGUUAACCGUAGUUUACGAACAAAUACAGCAGAAAACAGCGAUCGUUUAAUGAAUCGCUUAGAGUCAUCGUAUUGUUACGCUAAUUAUUAGCAAUUAUUUUUCAUGGUGACUGUUUUUGAUGAUCUUAAUACACUGUCAAGCUUCGUUUAUGAUUGCUUUAAACGAACAUUCUAAACUGUUGACGGUUUUUUAUCGGAAGCAAUCGGGUUGCGGUCAUGUACGAUGGUGAGCAAUUGAUCUGUGUUUUAAAUGCCACACGCUUUUCUACAUAAUAGUUUUUACAAAACCAAAUUAUUGUAUAUGAAUUUCUUAUUUAAACUUCAUAUGCUUUGCACUGACAAGUUUUUUGCUGAGACUUGCUUAUGGAACCAAAUAUUAAAUGCCAACUGUUUUUCCUCAUAUCAGAAGCAGUUCUAGCAAACCGAAAAGAAAACGAUCUAAACAUAUCACUCUAAUGAGUGUAGAUUGUAAAUGAGAAUAUUUUUGGUGUCAAUCAUAUACUAGAUAAUCCACGACACGAGAUUAGAAGGACGGCAAUCAUACAUAAAAAUAUAUUUCAGUUUGUGGUUGAUAACAUGAGAAAAUAAAUGUACCAGUGAUGAAUAUAAAACAGUUUGUUGAACCAUGAUCGUAAAGUACUUUAGUAGUUCUAGUUUUGUCAGUAGUGUCAAACUUCAAAAUUGCUUUCAACUGAAGUUUCAAAUUUUAAUAGCCUAAUAUUUCUGUGAUAUCUACACUGAGAGGUGUGUGUGUAUUUGAAAGUUGAACUGAAUUUGACUUUCAAAUAUGACAUAUAUGUGAGCAGAUUUGUGGCUAUAUGCAUCGUUGUCUUUUUAUUUCUAGUCUACAACUCCACAUGAUAAACAAAACGAGCAGCAGCCCUCUCAAAUAAAAAAACGUGAAAACACGCAAGAAAAAGUUGCCUUAACAGCAUACACCAGUAAUCAAGAUAUAUACCGAAAGGUUGAAGAACAUCCAGAUUUCGUUACAAAAAUUAAACGAGGAAAAGUUGCCUGGGACAUUACUGACGAUAGACUCGUGAAACUAAGUACACAACCUUAUAGCAAGCUAGACUUGGAAUGGUUCACACCGAUGAAGCAGCGAGUUCAAAAUACUAGAACCAUCAUUUUGGGAAGCAAAAAACGCUUUUCAAUAUGUGAGCGUUCAUGGAACUAUUAUAUAG